AAGACAGCUUCGAGGCCGGUACUUCUUCUCCUUCUUCCAACGAGAAACGUGAAUCGUGGAUAAUUCCAGCAGCUGAGUCGAGAUCCAGCGGCGAUCAUCCACUUGUCGUCCCCCUGUUCGGCGUCAUUUUGCCCGUGACGAAGCAGUUCGCUUAGGUUUCCGUCCCAUUGUUGUCGUCUUGUCCGCAAGUUUGCAUCUUGUGGGGGACGGUGAUCUAAACGGAGCGUGCUCGCUAACGUGAAGCGGUGCCACCCCACUGCAACAAGAAGCGCCCCUUCCCGGUUUUCGCUGGACUUUUACAGCAAGUACUCUCUCUGGGCUUUUGGGGUCUUUUCUUGAUCCUAGAAUCAGAAUGUGGAAAUUGAAAGUUGCAGAAGGCGCGAAUCCUUGGCUAAGAAGUUUGAACAAUCAUGUUGGUAGACAAAUUUGGGAGUUUGAUCCCAAUUGUGGAUCCCCAGAAGAGAUUCAGGAGAUUGAAGAUGCUCGUGCAAACUUUGCAAAGCAUCGGUUUGAGAAGAAGCACAGCUCAGAUCUAAUCAUGCGAAUUCAGUUUUCCAAGGAAAACACAGGCAAUGUAGUUUUACCACCAGUAAAGGUAAAAGACUCGGAUGAGAUCACAGAGGAGACUGUUACGCACAUAUUGAAAAGGGCCAUAAGCUUCCAUUCAACUCUUCAAGCCCAUGAUGGACACUGGCCAGGGGAUUACGGAGGACCUAUGUUUCUUAUGCCUGGCUUGGUAAUUACUCUUUCUAUUACUGGAGCACUAAAUGCCGUCUUGUCCGAGCAACAUAAACGAGAGAUGUGCCGGUAUCUGUACAAUCAUCAAAACAAAGAUGGUGGUUGGGGUUUGCACAUUGAAGGUCCAAGCACCAUGUUUGGUUCUGUCUUGAACUAUGUUACAUUAAGGUUGCUUGGAGAAGCUGCAAACGACGGACAAGGGGCUAUGGAAAAGGCACAAAAAUGGAUUCUGGACCAUGGCAGUGCUACCGCAAUAACAUCAUGGGGAAAAAUGUGGCUUUCAGUACUUGGAGCAUUUGAGUGGUCAGGCAAUAACCCAAUGCCCCCUGAGAUAUGGCUUCUUCCCUAUACGCUUCCGUUUCAUCCAGGAAGAAUGUGGUGCCACUGCCGGAUGGUUUAUUUGCCGAUGUCAUACUUGUAUGGGAAGAGGUUUGUAGGUCCCAUAACCCCGACUGUUUUGUCCUUGAGAAAGGAGCUUUAUACAGUUCCUUACCAUGAGAUAGAUUGGAACCAGGCACGAAAUUUAUGUGCAAAGGAGGACCUUUACUAUCCUCAUCCACUGGUGCAAGAUAUAUUGUGGGCCACUCUGCAUAAGGCUGUCGAACCCAUCUUAUUGAAUUGGCCAGGGAAAAAGUUGAGAGAAAAGGCUCUUCGCAUAGCAAUUGAGCAUAUCCAUUAUGAAGACGAGAAUACACGUUAUAUCUGCAUUGGUCCAGUUAACAAGGUGCUAAAUAUGCUCUGCUGUUGGGCAGAAGAUCCAAAUUCAGAGGCCUUUAAAUUGCAUAUUCCAAGAAUAUAUGACUAUCUGUGGCUUGCAGAAGAUGGCAUGAAAAUGCAGGGUUAUAAUGGAAGUCAAUUAUGGGAUACUGUAUUUGCAACUCAAGCAAUUAUCUCAACCAAUCUUAUAGAAGAGUUCGGUUCAACCUUGCAAAAGGCACAUAUGUAUAUAAAAAACUCACAGGUUUUAGAAGAUUGCCCAGGAAACCUAGAUUUCUGGUACCGCCACAUCUCAAAGGGUGCUUGGCCUUUUUCGACGGCAGAUCACGGAUGGCCCAUCUCAGACUGCACAGCAGAAGGAUUAAAAGCUGCCCUGUUAUUAUCAAAAAUUCCGUCGGAGAUAGUUGGGGAACCAUUAGAUGCAAAGAGGUUAUAUGAUGCUGUAAAUGUCAUUCUCUCGUUACAGAAUGAAGACGGGGGCUUGGCUACAUAUGAACUGACACGGUCAUAUGCCUGGUUGGAGUUGAUUAACCCAGCUGAAACUUUUGGAGACAUUGUUAUUGAUUACCCAUAUGUGGAAUGCACCUCAGCUGCUAUUCAGGCUUUGACAUCAUUUAAGAAAUUAUAUCCUGGGCAUCGACGUGAAGAGAUACAGAAUUGCAUCGAGAGAGCUGCUAGGUUUAUCGAAAAGAUACAAGCACCAGAUGGCUCAUGGUAUGGGUCUUGGGGUGUUUGCUUCACCUAUGGUACAUGGUUUGGAGUGCUAGGGCUGGUCGCUGCGGGAAGGAGCUAUACUAAUAGUGCUAGCCUUCGUAAGGCCUGUGAAUUUUUGUUAUCUAAGCAGCUUGCUUCUGGUGGAUGGGGAGAAAGUUACCUUUCAUGCCAAAACAAGGUUUAUACAAAUCUAGAGGGCGACCGUUCUCAUGUUGUGAAUACUAGCUGGGCGAUGUUGGCACUCAUUGAUGCUGGGCAGGCUGAGAGAAACCCGGUUCGAUUGCACCGAGCUGCUAGAUGUUUGAUAAAUUCCCAAAUGGAGAACGGAGAUUUUCCCCAAGAGGAAAUUAUGGGGGUAUUCAACAAGAACUGUAUGAUAACAUACGCGGCCUACAGAAACAUUUUCCCCAUUUGGGCUUUGGGCGAAUAUCGCCACCGGGUUCUGCGAGCCUCGUGAACCGAUGUUGGGUCAGUCUAUUUGCCAGUUUGCCCAUUGCAAUUUUCUUCGGUUUGUUUGAUUCUGGUUUUCUUUUGCUUUUGAUACCAUCUGGCCUUAACUGUGUUCCCCACCUUCAUUGUGGUUUUAUCAUGAACCCCAUGCUUAGUAGAUAGAGGAGUUCAUUUUUCUGA